AGCCACAAGUAUCGAACAGCAUUCGCAAUCAAAAUGUUCAAGUACCUCGUCGUCGCUGCCAUCAUCCCGGUCCUGGCUUUGGCCAGCCCAACACCCUUCCGCACCUGCCCCAACAAUGCUCCGGUUCCGGAGACGUUCACGGUAGGAGACUGCACCUCCCUGCCGUGUCCCAUCGUUCGUGGACAACCCCUGGAGGCCAAGGGUGGUAACAUUAUCAGCCCGGUUUCCACCAGCACUGUCGAAGCCUACAUCACCGUUAGUCUGGCCGGAUUGGACUUGGACUUCCCGAUUCCCGAGGAAUUGGUGGAUGCUUGCGCCAAUGGAAUCAAUUCCUGCCCGCUUGUUGCUGGACAACCUUUCGACUAUGUGUUCUACGACGAUGACAUGAACCUGCCGCUCGGUGGCAUCACCGUUCAGAUCCGAGUCGGUCUGCGAGAUGGUGCAACCGAAAUCGCCUGCGUGGAGUUCGAUGGGGCUUUGAUCUAAAGCGGUGCUGGAUGUGGUUGCCUGCGUUUGAGUGUGUGAUAUCUGAUAUUAUAAUCGUUUGGAUUUAUCGAA